GAAGGGCUCCGGCCUCGGCUGGGUCCCGGGGACGACGGAGGGCUGGACGCCUCCGCUCCGCCACGAUCAUGUCGGACCCGGCUCGCGAAGUUCCCCAGGACAUGUUCCGCGAGGUCAAGUUCUACGCGGUGGGCGACCUCGACCCGCAGGUCAUUCAGCUCCUUAAGGCUGGAGAAGCCAAGGAAGUGUCUUACAGCGCCCUGGCCUCACACAUAAUUUCUGAGGAUGGAGACAAUCCAGAGGUGGGAGAGGCGCGGGAGGUCUUUGACUUACCUGUCGUAAAGCCUUCCUGGGUGACUCUGUCGGUGCAGUGUGGAGCCCUCCUGCCAGUCAAUGGUUUUUCUCCAGAGUCUUGUCAGAUUUUUUUUGGGAUCACUGCCUGCCUUUCUCAGGUAUCGUCCGAAGAUAGAAGUGCCCUGUGGGCUUUGGUCACGUUCCACGGGGGCAGCUGCCAGCUGAGUCUCAAUAAGAAGUGCACACACCUGAUUGUCCCGGAGCCGAAGGGGGAGAAAUACGAGUGUGCUGUGAAGAGAGCGAGUAUUAAGAUAGUGACUCCUGACUGGGUCCUGGACUGUGUGUCUGAGAAGAGCAGAAAGGAUGAAGUGUUUUAUCAUCCUCGCCUAAUCAUCUAUGAGGAGGAAGAGGAGGAGGAGGAGGAGGAGGAAGAAGAGGUUGAAAUUGAGGAUCAGGACUCACAGAAUGAGGGCAGCACAGAGGAGAAGUCGAGUCCUGCCAGCUCCCAGGACGGCUCUCCUGCUAACCAGCAGUUCUCACCUAAACCCAGCACAGAGCCAUCCAAAGGAGAAUUGAUGUUUGAUGAUUCUUCAGACUCGUCACCUGAAAAGCAGGAGCGAAACUUGAACUGGACCCCCGCUGAAGUCCCGCCGCUGUCCACGGUGAAGCGCAGGCUGCCUCAGGGCAAGGAGCCGGGCCUCAUUAACUUGUGUGCCAAUGUCCCACCUGUCCCAGGAAACGUUCUGCCUCCUGAUGUCCGCAGUAACUUAAUGGCUUCUGGGCAGAAUCUCCAGGGUUCUGAGCGGCCAGAAAUGAUAGCUGCUUGGAGUCCAGCUGUGCGGACGUUGAGAAAUAUCACCAACAGUGCUGACAUUCAGCAGAUUAGCCGACCGGCGAACGUUGCGCACAUCUUACAGUCCCUUUCAGCACCCACGAAAAAUCUAGAGCAGCAGGUGCCACACGGCCAGCAGGGACAUGCCAAUGCCAGUGCCGUGCUGUUCAGCCAGGUGAAGGGCACAGCAGAGACGCACGUGCUGCAGCAGCACCGCCCCCCCCAGCAGCUGCCUCCGCAGCGCCCGGCCCUGCACCUCCAGCCCCAGCAGAUGACGCAGCCGCAGCCGCUCCCCCGGCAGCCCUACCCCCAGCAGCCGUCACACCCGUUCCCGCAGCAGCAGCCAGUCCACCCGCAUCAGUUUUCUCAGCACCAGCUCCAGUUUCCACAGCAACAGUUGCACCCUCAGCAGCAGCUGCAGCCGUUCCAGCAGCAGCAUGCCCUGCAGCAACAGUUGCACCAGCUGCAACAGCACCAGCUGCAGCAACAGCAGCAGCAGCAGUUAGCACAGCUGCAGCAGCAGCAGCAACACAACCUGCUUCAGCAGCAGCAGCAGCAGCAGCUCCAGCGCCUCCAGCAGCAGCAGCAGCAGCACUUGAGCCAGACGCCCCAGCAGCUCCAGCACCAGGCUCCGCCCCAGCAGCUCCAGCACCAGGCUCCGCCCCAGCAGCUCCAGCACCAGGCUCCGCCCCAGCAGCUCCAGCACCAGGCUCCGCCCCAGCAGCUCCAGCACCAGGCUCCGCCCCAGCAGCUCCAGCACCAGGCUCCGCCCCAGCAGCUCCAGCACCAGACUCUGCCCCAGCAGCUCCAGCAUCAGGCUCCGCCCCAGCAGCCCCCACAGCCCCAGCAGCUUUUUGGACACGACCCAGCAGUGGAGAUUCCAGAAGAAGGCUUCUUGCUAGGAUGUGUGUUUGCAAUUGCGGACUAUCCAGAGCAGAUGUCGGAUAAGCAGCAGCUGGCCACCUGGAAAAGGAUAAUCCAGGCUCAUGGUGGCACCGUGGACCCCACGUUCACAAGCCGAUGCACACACCUUCUCUGUGAGAGCCAAGUCAGUAGUGUGUACGCACAGGCGAUACGGGAAAGAAAGAGGUGUGUCACUGCUCACUGGCUCAACGCAGUCCUGAAAAAGAAGAAGAUGGUGCCACCUCACCGCGCCCUCCACUUCCCAGUGGCCUUCCCGCCAGGGGGCAAGCCCUGCUCACAGCAUAUUAUCUCUCUGACUGGAUUUGUGGAUACUGACAGAGAUGAGCUGAAGUUAAUGGCGUGCUUGGCAGGUGCCAAAUACACGGGGUACCUGUGCCGCAGCAACACGGUCCUCAUCUGCAAAGAACCUAGUGGUUUAAAGUACGAGAAGGCCAAGGAGUGGCGGAUCCCGUGUGUGAACGCUCAGUGGCUGGGGGACAUCCUUCUGGGGAACUUGGAGGCCCUGCGGCAGGUCCAGUAUAGUCGCUACACUGCCUUCGACCUGCAGGAUCCAUUUGCGCCCACCCAGCACCUUGUGUCAAGUCUCUUAGAUGCGUGGAGGGUCCCAGUGAAGGUGUCAGCAGAGUUGUUGAUGGGUGUCAGAUUGCCUCCCAAACUGAAGCCGAAUGAAGUGGCCAGCAUCCAGCCUUCCUCUAAAAGGGCCAGAAUCGAGGAUCUGCCGCCUCCCACCAAGAAGCUGACGCCAGAGCUGACUCCGUUUGUGCUUUUCACUGGCUUUGAGCCUGUCCAGGUCCAGCAGUACGUUAAGAAGCUCUACAUCCUGGGUGGGGAGGUCGCCGAGUCCACGCCGAAGUGCACACACCUCAUCGCCAGCAAGGUGACGCGCACUGUGAAGUUCCUGACGGCCAUCUCCGUGGUGAGGCACGUUGUGACUCCAGAGUGGUUGGAGGAGUGCUUCAAGUGUCAGAAGUUCAUCGAUGAGCAGAACUAUGUGCUCCGAGACGCCGAGGCAGAAGUGCUUUUCUCUUUCAGUCUGGAAGAGUCCCUGAAGCGGGCACGCGCGUCUCCCCUCUUCAAGGCAAAAUAUUUUUACAUCACCCCUGGCAUCUGCCCGAGCCUUUCAACGAUGAAAGCCAUUGUGGAGUGUGCAGGAGGAAAAGUGUUAGCUAAGCAGCCGUCCUUCCGGAAGCUCUUGGAACACAAGCAGAAUAAGAGUCUGUCAGAAAUCAUCUUAAUAUCCUGUGAAAACGACCUCCAUUUAUGUCGAGAGUAUUUUGCCAGAGGAAUAGAUGUUCACAACGCGGAGUUUGUCCUGACGGGGGUGCUCACGCAGACACUGGACUACGAAUCAUAUAAAUUUAACUGACAGCCUCUUGCGUCCUGGGAGCCCAGGGUCAGCUGCCGGCAGCUCGCACCCAGGCUUCCUGCAGGCGCGCUUGUUUUCCAGCUCUGCCUUGGGAAGAGAUGUUCAAGCAGGAAAACUGAAUACAAUACUGCAUCUUAUUAAGAUGUGUGAUCUUAUUGUGAGGAAACAUAAAUUAUGUUUUGUAUUAUAUAACUUUAUGAGCCCACGUUAGGUCUUCUGACUAAUUUACCAGGUUUUUAAAUGUUUUCAGAAAACUGGGAUUUCAGAUACAAAUAAAGUGAUGUAAAUAAAGACCUUGCUAUCUAAAUUAUGGAUGUUAAAGAUUUGAAAUGUUUUGUACUUUGAUUAUUUUUGUU